UAGCUGAGAAUUGUGUAGGCUCUUCUGGGCGAGUCUGACGGUCUGUCAAAAUAUUUAGAUCUGCAUUGUUUGGCCAGGAAUUUCAGGCUUACUAUCGGUCACAUCCGUGGGGUGAUGGAGGGGGUGAGGGGUGGGCGGGACCCUCAGGUAGGUGUGGCUUGAGUUAGCGAACAUAUCCCACCCCUGACCCACCCACCAAGUACUGUUGUCCCCACUCCUUGAGCAACUGCAGACAGGGCCUAGACCAUGGCCUCCAGUUACCCUCCUCCGUUUGAGGGUUCGCCAGAGGUGAAGGAGGGCUUCCUGUGCCCUCUGUGUCUGAAGGACCUCCAGUCCUUCUAUCAGCUGCAGGACCACUACGAGGACGAGCAUUCUGGGGACGACCGGCAUGUCCGCGGACAACUGAAGAGUUUGGUACAGAAGGCAAAGAAAGCUAAGGACAAACUCCUGAAGCGGGACGGAGAGGAGAGAACUGAGAGUAGCUAUGAGUCCUUCUACUACGGAGGAGUGGACCCUUACAUGUGGGAGCCUCAGGAGCUGGGGGCCACUCGGAGUCACGUAGACCUCUUUAAGAAACACAGGGCUGCUAGGAUAGACCAUUACGUCAUCGAGGUCAACAAACGCAUCAUCAGGCUGGAGAAGCUGACAUCUUUUGACAGAGCCAACAUGGAUGCAGCAUCAAUCAGAGCUUUAGAGAAAUCUGUGGUAUCGUGGGUGAAUGACAGUGACGUACCGUUCUGCCCUGACUGUGGGGGGAAGUUUAACAUUCGGAACAGGCGCCAUCACUGUCGUCUCUGCGGUUCUAUCAUGUGUAGGAAGUGCAUGGAGUUUGUUUCUCUGGAUCUAGCAAUCAAACUGACCAGUGGGACUCGUGAGGCUCUGUGUGGACAGGGCAGUCCUCGUCAGAACAGUUCUCCUGGCACAGGGAACCCUGCUGCUCAGCCAAUGCCACGCCGCGGCUCCAUCACCAGCAUCUCCUCCGUCAGCUCAGUGCUGGAGGAGAAGGAUGAAGAUCGUAUCCGCUCCUGCAGACACUGCAUGGAUGCUCUGCUCCGUCACCAACACAAGCUGGAGGAGAAAGACCAUGUCCCAGAUAUAGUCAGGCUGUAUGAGAAACUAAGACAGUGUAUGAAUAAAGUGGAUGAAAAGGCUCCAGAGUACAUCCGUAUGGCAGACUCACUCAAUGCUGGAGAGACGACCUAUAAUCUGGAGACAGCAGCCGGACUCAGAAUGGAGGUACAGAAAUACUACGAGCUCAUCGAUGCUCUGAGUAAGAAAAUUCUCACUCUCGGAUUGAAGGAUGAGAUACAGCCCCAUCCAAAGUCCCUCCAGCUCCAGCGAAUGGUGCGCUACUCUGCAACGCUCUUCGUACAGGAGAAGCUGCUGGGUCUGAUGUCUCUCCCCACAAAGGAGAAGUAUGAGGAGUUGAAGGAAAAGAGAAAGGAGGAGCAAGAGAGGAGGCUCCAGCAGGAGAGACAGGCUGCCCUGGAGUCACAGAAGCGUCGGCAGGAGCAGGAGAAAUAUCGAACUCUCCUGAGCGCCAACGGGAACGCCGUGCAGCCCGCCCCUCGGCCCCCCCGCAUGACCAAAGCCGGGGGCUGGCUUCCGUCUUCCGACACGCUGCACACACGUGGCGAGCUAGACGACCCGCUGCUCCAGCAGAUUGACAACAUCCAGUCGUUCCUGCGGCAGGCCCGAGCGGCGCAGCGCACUGAUGAGGUGGCCAUGCUGGAGGAGAACCUGCGACAGCUUCAGGACGAGUACGACGCCCAGCAGACCAGCCGCGCCAUCGUGCUGUCCCAGAGACUGGCUGAGGAGGAGCGUCUGCAGCAGAGCCAACUCCAGCACCUGGAACAGAGAGAGCGGGAAAAUAAACAUGCCCGGACACGCUCGCUCGACCUCACCCAGGGAGCCAACGCCAGCAAGGCGGAGGAAGAGAAGGAUCAGGAGGGAGUCAGGGAUGAGAGAAGGAUUGAGGGAAGAGUUUCAAACAACAGUCCAUUAGUCAACAGCAGACUGUCCAAGACUCAGUCUAUGAAGUCAUUCCCACGUCUGCCAGAAAACUCCUCGCCACCUGCUCCCUCUGCUGGAGAAACACAGAGCUGCAGCAGCAGUGCCGCGAUGUCGCUAAACCCGUUUGAUGAGGAAGACUCCACACCGAUUGAGGAAGACCCAUCAAACCCCUUCAGUACGGAGAUCAAGAAAGAGCACCACCAAACAGCCAAUGAAACAAGAGACUACAACCCUUUUGAGGAAGAGGAAGAUAACGCUAAAGAGGAGGUAGACGCAGGACAGGCAAGUGGAGCGGGAAACCCUUUUGAAGAUGAAGAUGAUGACGAAGAUAAGGGUAACCCUUUCAGAGAGUCGUCCGACACGACACCUGCAGUUUCCACCAAUCCCUUCGAUGAGGAUGACGAUGGGACAAUAGCAGAUGACAUCAUCGAGGAAGAGUUACUGAUGCAGCAGAUUGAUAACAUUCGCGCGUACAUCUUCGAUGCCAAACAGAAUGGACGCACGGACGAAGUGGAGCUUCUAUCUGAGAACCUGCGUGAGCUGCAGCGCACCCUGCAGGAGCAGAAACGAAAAAAACACUGACCUUCUGAACUCUGCCUCUGCUCAGUUUUCUCCUCAUUUCAAUAAAGUUUGGAAGUGUCAAAGUUGAAGAUCUUUUGUAGAAUAAGAUACUAACAAAUUCAUAAACACUCUCAAAAGGUGAAGGCCAGACCUGCUUUGGCAGUGCUACCGACUGCCAAGCACAGAAGAAGCUGGAAUACACACAGGUCUUUGCACCCAUAUCUUGACCUGAACUGAUGUAAAGACUUAGUUGACUGGGAUCAAAUGGGGAUCAGUGAUCUGUUUGUCUCGUCACAAGCCGAAGAGAACAAAACAACCGCAUCGUUAUCACAUUGGAUAAAGUUCAGAUGCAUGGUCUGUGAGUAACUGGAACAAACCUCUCCGAUGCUUUAACGCUUUGCCUUGGAAAACACUGCACUCAUCUUCAACAUUGCCACCGUUUAAGCCAUAUGAAAAAACAAACUAGAAAAACCAACAUCUUCCCUGCUGUUCCAGGAGGAGUUCUCCCAGUUCAGUUUUUGGGGUUCACUAAUGAUUGGAGUAGCACUAAAAUGACCAGUCCAGCUGUCAGAGUGUCCAGAACAUUCCAAAGGAGGAAUGCAGACCCUCUGGAAACAACUCUGACUGUAGUAACAUAGGGCUUGAGUGAAUUCAUGCAAUCGCUUGUGUCCCAGAUCUGAUGUUUUUUAACCUUUGCCUCCUGGCACACACUCAGUGGCUGUGGUAAUGCUAGAUGUGUUUUUAAGUCGUAUUUUAGCUUGAUUUGGCCUAGCUUACUUUGGUUGUACUUAUGUCAUUGUCAAAUCCAUCUUGAUGUUUUUAUCUGACAAACACUACACAAGCUCACUUCUAACACGUGUAACUCUGGCCUGUCCCAGUCAGUCCCGCACAGAGACACAAGUCUCGAUUGAUCGCAGUGUUACAGUUUGCUUUACUAACUGUUGCUGUAAUAUUUUUGUCAUGAGUUUGAGCAGUAUUUUGUGUCGACUGUUUAUUGCACACCCCACUAAUAAGAUAGAAGUGGCACAGUGGAAGAAUGGGGCAAGUUGUCUGCAUAUGAAGUUUGACUGGAUGUUGACAGUAAUUAAUCUGUGGCUAAUGUGAAUGACUUGCUCUGUAGCUCGUGAGUAACGUUGCCUGUCCAGUUUUAGAAAUCCCAAAAAAUGUCACAUGCACUAAUUAAACUGACCAGUGGCACAUCACUGAAUGUGCAAAUAUA